CUUGCACAGAGAUGGUGGCCGACAGCGUCUUCUCCGGUGCGCCGUGCGUUGUUUGCAUUGCCGGCAGGAAAUCCCGCUUUGAGACGCAUAAAUGCACCCACCCACAUCUGCAUCCAUGUAUGCAUGGCUAUAUCUGUUUGUAUCAAUCAACGUCAAUGUCGACAUCACGCUGCUACGUAUCCACCUAUCCACUCACCAAACUAGGUCCGGCCUUCCCUCCUCGUUCGGUCAAGCAGGAAGGCAAGGGCGCUCAAUUAGUUCGACACUGCCACCGAGCCCCGGCGGCGCGUGGAGCCGGCUAGCGAGCAGCAUGCGAGGGAAUUACUUUGCUUUCGACGACGCUGAAGGUAGGAUUUGCGGUCGCACCAUGAGCGGUGGUGCUGGGCAGCGCGCUGCAUAUGAGUGGCAGGUCCGGAAUACGUACCGUACCACGCCAUGCAGGCAUGCUCGCUCCGCUCCGCGCUUGAGUUACGUACAGGAGUAUCAUCAAGGCUAGCGAGCGCUUUAUAUCCGGGCGCGCGAGUACCUCUUCCGCCAACCACGCCCGACGCGAGUCCUCGCACUGCACCCCAAUCGAGUCCCCGCAUUGCAGAUCACCCCGCACGCGUGGACGCGCCUUUCCGCCGCUAAGCUUUUGCCGCCUCCCGCACGCCUCUGCCGACCCCAGAUUCCGGGCCCGGGCACGGCUGGCUGGCUGUUGGUGGAGGACGGUUUCUCCGUCUUGUGCGAGCAGGAAUGGAGCCCGAGGGAUGGCCGGCGGGCGGGCGCAAGGAGGCAG